GACACCUUCAAGAGCAUCAGAGGGGAAGCAAACAAACAAGCAGUGCCACCAUCGUCUUUGGAGCUUAGAAGGCUACCGAGAGGUUGGAAGAGGAAGAACCCCACCCCGGGCGAGCGCAACUUGCAUGGCUACGGCGAGCACCUCAGGGCUUGGCAAGAAGAAGAACCCGGGACUCAUGGAUUCUUUUAGCAAGAUCUUUGGAGGGGACAAAAAGAAAAGGAGCAAGGGGUCAUUCAGAGGUCACCUGGCCGCAUCACCCCAACAGGCCUCUGCCCGCCGCAGGACCAAUGAAAAUGCUGUGGUCCAGUUCUUCCGCAACAUUAUUUCCUCGCCUCGUCCGAAAUCCAAGUGGAGGGAAGUCUUUGGCUUGGCUUCGUCAACACGUGCAGAGAGCACAAAGUCACCAGUCAGACGACGCAGGGAGCAAAGCACACUGUCCAGACUCUUCAACCUGUGACGCUCUCAACCGAAACCAGGAGAGACCAAGUCCCGCCCACCCCCCAAACGCUGGAGCACCAUCUUCUGAGCUCUUCUCUAUGCCCCAAAGCAGGAAGUCAAAGCAGAUGGUGCGGCAUGAGGGGGAGCAACAUAAAUUGCGGCAGACUCACAACCAUUGUGUGUUAACACCCUAAUACUGGAUUUCUGUACCCACUCUCCACAGAUGGAGACGGUUUCGUCCAAGUGCUUAUUUAGCUUCUCUUUAAAAAGUCUGGUUACGCUUUGAAUAGCGUAUAUAUAUAUACGGUAUAUAUAUAUUUAUAUUACUGUAAAAAAAUCUCCCUGUUGAUUAUCAUAGUCAGAUGGUGCUAAUGUUUGUACAUGUUUUUCUAUAUCUGUCUGGUAUUGUCCGUUUUGUUUUUGUUUUUUGGGGGGAUACGAUUGAUCCUUUGUGUGUCUCACAGCAUUCUAUUAAAAAAAAACAA